CAUUUUUACCCCCGUGUCGGUCGGGGACACGGUAGCGAAACACUCGCAUCCCUCGCUCACUCGCGACUCACCCACAUCUCUCCCUCACGCAUCGCCGGGGCCGGCGCGCUCUUCCUCGCCCUCUCUCACCCGCACCACCUCUCCCCGAGCUCCUCCCUCGCUCACAUUGCCGGCGCCCUCUCCCCGCGCGCGUCACUGGCGCUCUCUUCCUCUCACAUCUCCGUCUGCAUAUUUAAAAAUGGGAUUUUUUUCCCUCUGGCUCUCCGAUCUUGAGCGGUGGUGCUCGAUCUGCGGAGCUGCUGCUGAUGGUCACCUGCCCGGAGCUGCUGCUGCCCGGAUCUGGUAGCUGCACCGGCAGAUGUUCUUCUUGAGCUGGGACCGCUUGUUGGUUUCGGCUAGAAGAGGGAGGAGGCGAUGCCGGCCAAGUACCUGCAGGCGUUCGAGAGGAGAGGCGACCGGAGUUGCACCGGCGUCGACUGCGCGUGCCGCAUCCUCACCGGAAACGUGCCCUUCGGCCUCCCCAUCAGCCGCACCCUCGUCAUUUCCCUCCCCAAGGUCUGCAAGUCCCUCUCCGUCCAGCUCAUGUGCAGAGAUACAGCGACGCAAAUCCCAGCUCCCCCCCUCUACGGCCUAUUGCAUUUUGCUCCGGGGAAGCUAAUUAACACUGCACGAAAACCCUUUGCUUAAGCAUCUAACGACAUUCUGCUCGUGCCUUAACUGUAUCAAAGUUGCAAACUAAUUUGUUUGUCUAAAUGUACGUUUCGCAACUCUACAGCAGCGUUGCCGCCGGAGUCAUCAGUGAAUGAGACGGCGACGCCACCAGCGCUUGAAUCACCGCCCACCACUCCCACGAGAGUCUUCUUCCCCCAGGUUCUUCGUUGCCUUCCUCGGGUGGAGUGAAAUUGAGGUCUGGGACUACCAUGCUUGCAAUUGGGAACGAUAUGCUGUUGUUGCUUCUUUUGAGGGCCAGUGAUUUGCUAUUGUCGAUGUUGAGGAUCUGCUGCUGUUGCUUCUAUUGAGGGCCAAUGAUCUGCUGUUGUUUCUUCUGUUGAGGAUCUGCUGCCGAAGGCAAGGAGCUACAGUUGAGGAUCUGCUACUGUUGCGAGGGGACAAGCCGGCAAGGAGCAUCGAGCCUGGAGGUGGUCAUGCAUGAGGAGCUCCUGAUCUUCUCCCCUGGCCCCCGGCGAGCUGGACCUUCUGGCGAACGGGGAAGAAGGGAGGUGGUUCUGGGCGAGCUUGACCUUGCCGGCGAAGUGCUGCUGGGGCCGGCGGCCGGCGAAGUGCUGCUGGGGCCAGCAGCCGGAGAGGUGCCCUCCUGGGGCCGGCGGCGAGGUUCCUUGAUGAGCAGGAAGCUGGGCAGGGAAGAGGAGAUCCUGGGCGGAGGAGAAUCUAGGCGAGGUGCGCAGGGAGAAGCUGGGCGGCGAGCCGGUGGCGCGCUGGGAGGCGACACACUUGGCGAAGCGAUCCCGAUGGUUUUUGAAUUUCAAAUUGAUCGAAGGGUAUUGUUGUCCAUUAGCAAUUUUUGGGGGCUUUCGAAAA